AAAACUGAGCGGUUACAAAGUCUUCUCACUUCUCUUCAACGUCCCUUACCUGCAAAGCCACACACACUCUCUCUCUCUCACACAAACACAUAAAAAGAAAGAGAAUAGAACCAACACAAAGCAAAGCAUAUAACAAAAUAAGCUGAAACAGAGCAUAAAGAAAGGAACAAAACACUUAGAAAAAAUAAAAAUAAAAACAGAGCACUUCCUCUGUUCUGAUUCAUCUUCUCCUUCUUUUCAAAGGUGCCCACUUUGAAAUUUUCUUCCUUUCCUUCACCAUUCGCUGCUCCUGUUCCUUCUCCUUUAGAAUUGUUAACAUGGUUUUAUCAUUCUGAGUGUCAACUUGGCAAGUUGUGUUUUUGAAAGGACAAUGAAUUUGAAGAGCAGAGGAGAGGUUCUUCUUCCUCAUAGAAGCUUUUUGUCUCAGAGAUGGAUGAUUUUUCUUUGUAUUGGAAGCUUCUGUGCUGGGAUGCUAUUCACCAACAGGAUGUGGACUAUUCCCGAACCUAAAGGACUUGCAAGGACAACAGCUAUGGAAGCUGAAAAAUUGAAUGUUGUUUCGGAGGGUUGCAACUCAAGAAUUUUGCAAGAAAAGGAAGUGAAGCGCGAAACGAGAAGCAUCUAUAAAGAAGUUUUCAAAACACAAAAUGCCAUGCAAACAUUGGACAAAACUAUUUCAAACUUGGAGAUGGAGUUAGCUGCUGCAAAGGCAGCUCAGGAGUCGAUUCGCAAUGGCGCUCCUCUAUCAGAAGAUAUAAAGGCAGUUGAAUCAAAUCCAAGGAGAAGGUACCUCAUGGUCAUAGGAAUCAACACUGCUUUUAGCAGCAGGAAAAGAAGAGACUCCGUCCGCCAAACCUGGAUGCCUCAAGGUGAGAAAAGAAAGAAGCUAGAGGAAGAGAAAGGCAUUAUCAUCAGAUUUGUAAUUGGUCAUAGUGCUACAUCAGGUGGUAUAUUAGACAGAGCUAUAGAAGCAGAAGAUAGGAAGCAUGGAGAUUUCUUGAGGCUGGAUCAUGUUGAAGGGUACCUUGAAUUAUCAGCAAAGACAAAGACCUACUUCGCAACUGCUGUUAACUUAUGGGAUGCUGAUUUCUACAUUAAAGUUGAUGAUGAUGUUCAUGUAAAUAUAGCAACACUUGGAGAGACUCUAGUUAGACACCGGUCGAAACCACGAGUAUACAUCGGAUGCAUGAAAUCCGGGCCUGUUCUUUCCCAAAAAGGUGUAAGGUACCAUGAACCAGAAUACUGGAAAUUCGGCGAGUCUGGCAACAAGUACUUCCGCCAUGCCACAGGACAGUUGUAUGCCAUUUCAAAAGAUCUUGCUACAUAUAUUUCAAUGAACCAGCAUGUUCUUCACAAGUAUGCCAAUGAAGAUGUCUCACUAGGCUCAUGGUUUAUUGGACUUGAUGUGGAUCAUAUUGAUGAUAGGAGACUCUGCUGUGGCACUCCACCAGAUUGUGAAUGGAAAGCUCAAGCAGGGAAUGUGUGUGUAGCUUCAUUUGAUUGGACAUGCAGUGGAAUUUGCAGGUCUGCUGAGAGGAUCAAAGAGGUUCAUAGAAGAUGUGGAGAAGGUGAAAAAGCUUUGUGGAAUGCCUAUGCAGCAAGCUCCGAGGAAACUCCUUCAACUUCCAAAUGA